AUGUAUGCGGAUUUUGUUCCAAUUAAAAAUAAAUGGAGUAAAAUUGUCAACAUUUGUUGCCAAAAUAAUUGUAUAAACACGGAUAGACCUAUUGGAAAUUGCAUUAAAGGAAACGGAUUUGGAAAUUUAAUUAAUGAAGAAAAUAUUAAAUAUUUGGGGAAAAAUGGAGGUAUGAAUAACUCUAUUUUUGUUGAUGCAGAAAAUCCAUACAACAAACCACAAAUAUCCUUUAAUUAUUCUUUAUAUUAUUUUGAAAUUAAAUGUAUAUUUGAAAAUGGAUUGGAUAGUAGUGAAAAUGGGAUGAGUAUUGGGCUAGAAAAUUUGAAUUCGAAAAGUUUUAUUAGAUAUUCUCCGAAGGGGGCUACAAUUUUAACUGAGAGAUUCGAAUUAUUUAAACUUUCAACCUCUUCUUGGAAUAAUAAUGACAUUUUUGGUUGUGGAUUAGUUUAUCCUCCAAAUAAUAAAUUAAAUGAAGGAGAAUUUCCUUACGUUUUCUUUACUCAAAAUGGAAAACAAAUUGGUAAAGGCAUAUUAUUAAUUCACAAUUUCGACGCAUAUAAACCAUAUGUUGAUCUAAAAUGUUGUUCUAUUGAAACUAAUUUUGGAAAUGAUUUGGAGACUAAACCGUUUAAAUAUGAAAUUUCAACUCAUUUAAUUCUUAAAGAAUUUUAUUGA